CGCGUGUUUUCAUUUUAAACUAGGAAUCAAUCAGUAUAUAGUGAUACAUACAUAAUAUAUAUUUUCUACAAAUUUAGGAACAAUUUUCCUUCCAUUUUUUGUAAAAAAAAAAAAAAAAAACGUUAAUUACACCCUUAAUGAGGUUUUCAUUAGAAUAUAUAAAUUUUUAUGUGUAAAAAAAAAAUAAUAAAUAAAUUUUUAAAAAAUGCUACAAACACGUUCUGCAGUAUUUAAAAUGAUGAAAACUGAAGUUCACGAAGACAGACAGAUUAAAAAGUGGCAACCGCCUUUCUCCUCAGAUAUAACGCCAUAUAAAGAAAAAGAAUUUUCUCAACAAAUUCGUCGAUUUUGUUGUACAAAAUCUAUUUUUCCAAGAAUGACAAAAGUCAUUGUUUUAGGUGACGUUGCUGUUGGAAAAACAUCUCUAGUGAAUCGUUUUUGCCACAAAUCAUUCAACAAUAAUUAUAAGGCAACAAUAGGAGUUGAUUUUGAAGUGGAGAAAUUUGAUAUUUUGGGAGUUCCAUUUAAUAUGCAAAUAUGGGAUACUGCUGGACAAGAGAGAUUUAAAUGCAUUGCAGCAUCAUAUUAUAGAGGAGCUAAUGUAAUAAUGAUAGUUUUCGAUUUGGGAAAUUUAAUGUCUCUAUCUCAUUGCAAACAAUGGUUAAAAGAAGCCAGUCAAUGUAACACAAAUUCGUAUCAUAUUUUUCUAAUUGGUACCAAACGAGAUUUAUUGUCGAAUCAAGUAUAUCAAAUUAUUGAGAAAAGAGCAACGGCAGUGUCAUAUUUUAUGAAAGCUGAAUUUUGGGCUGUUUCAUCAAGAACAGGCGAUGGUGUCAAUGAAUUAUUUUCUCGAAUUGCAGUUCUUUCAUUUAAUGCUUCCAUUUUAAGGGAACUUCAAAGUUACAAGACAGAUACCAAAACAAUUGGAUCACUUGGAUUAAUAACUCUAAAGAAAGAUCAAAACGGAUCAACAGAGAAGAACAAAAAACUCCAAAAAUGUACAAAUUGUUCAUUCUAGUCAUUUAAAUAUAAGUACUUAAUAAUUUAUUAUAAACUUUUUUUUUCUAAAAUUCUAUAUUAUUCCCCAAAUUGCAAUGGUAAUUAUUUUUAAAGUUGAAUAAUUUUAGAAAGUAUCAGAAUUUUUUUAUUAAUUUACUUAUUCUUCUUUUUCUAGUCAAUUAUAAAAAAAAAAAAUGUAAAAAUUAAAUAUUUUCAUAAAGUGUAUUUAUUGUGAAAGAGUUACACAGUUUUAGAUAAAAGUCAUUUUAACAAUACUUUUGUGCGAUAAUAAACAUCAUUUGGUCGGAAUCGUUUUCAAAUAUCAGAUGCAGUCUAUUUUUGACCCUCAGCUAAAAAAAUUAUCAUCAAAUAUAAAUAAAUUUAUAUUAUUAUUAUAAUAAUUAUUUAUUUUUCCAAAUAUGAGAGAUGAGUUAAUAAAAUUUCUAUUUAUUAUUAUUAAAUAAUUUUUCUAAAGCUGAGCAUAAAAUUCAUUCUCAAAUUUGCGAAACAAAUAAUUUAAUUAAUUAUAAAUUGUAAUUAACUAUUUUUAAGUGAAUUAUUUUAAUUACAUUUUUUCCAAAUGAAAAAAGUUGACUUUACAACAGAAGAAAUUCAAUAAAAAAAAAAAAAAAAAAAAAAAAAAAAAAAAAAAAAAAAAAAAAAAUGAAAGAA